UCUUCUUCUUAAUUUACCGGUUAGCUCUUCUCCUUUCUUUCUAGAUUCAAAAAAACCCCAAGAUCACUGAGCUCCAUAGUUAACCGAUAAGAAAAGAUCCCUUUUAUCGCAUCAGCAAGCAAAACCCAUAUUUUGAAAGCUCCCGAUACGCCUUAAAAGUGCACAAAGAAACAAGGAAGAAACGUGAAAAAAUAUGUCAGGGUUUGGGAAGCAUUCAGGUCCAACAAAUGCCCCGAAAUCUGCAAACCCUUUUCAGUUUCAACGCCCUCCUCCUCCUUCCACCACUCCCCCAAUCAGACCCUCGAGGUUAAAUGAAGAUGUAGAUAGAGUCCGGUCACCAUCGUCGACUUUUGAGUACUCCGGUCCUGGUGUGAGACCUUAUCAAUAUGGUGGUGUCCAAAGGCCUGUUGAAUUAUCCCCCCGGUGGGAUGAUGGAAAAAUUUCCUUAAAAUAUUAUGAUGCCCAACUUCGUCCUAGGCCACCUGUCAUCGCUUCAUUUACUGCUCCACAAAAUUCAGAAACUAGCUUUACUGCCAAGGCUAGAUUUCAAGAGUCAAAGAGGACUAAAUCACCUCCAAUGGUACCUACAGAUGAGACUGUACCAAGAAACUCCACUCAGACGAUCCCUCAAAGGCCUUCUUUUUUUCCUCAAAUGCCGCACAAUCCAGUCAAGUUGCUAGCCACCUAUUCCAAUUUCCCAACUCGUCAGGACCGAUCUGUGGUCUCACCUCAAUUAGGUUCCCCUGACUACGGCAAAAACUUCAUACAUGAAGUGCCUGAUAUGCAAGCCCCAAAACAAGGCAAGUUGCCACCUGAACAAUUUGAUGACAAAUUUUCUCAGGAGCAUCCCAUGUUUUUUCGCAAUGGCUCUAAAAGGCCAAUGGGAUCUCCUCCAAGGUUAGGACCGUUAGGUACCAAGUCAACUUCUCCUAGCUCUAACGUACCAGUCCGUCCAAGAUCAUUGCCUUUUGCGGGAAAUGAUCCUUCUCCUGCAGUGCGGAACAUUGGGCCUCCAGUUUCUAAAAGAACGAGGUCUCCUCCUUCAGUUUACCGUGAUGAAUUUCUUCAGGAUAACUCCACUCCUAUUGAAGAUGAUACUAAGCGAGAAUUGCAAGCUAAAGCAAAGCGAUUAGCUCGUUUCAAAACUGAAUUGAAUGAACCUGUUCAGACGAACCCUCCAAAUUUUGCAAAUCAAAGAUUGUCUACGACUAGAUUUCAGCACAAUGUGGAAGAGAAAAAUAAACAUGUUGGGGAACAGUCUAUGGAUUCAUCCGGGGAGUUCUUGAAUGACACUGUUUUAUCCGAUUUUGACGGCACAGAAGCAUCCAGAGUCAUCAUUGGGUUAUGUCCAGAUAUGUGUCCGGAGUCUGAAAGGGCAGAAAGAGAAAGAAAAGGUGAUCUUGACCAGUACGAACGCUUGGAUGGUGAUAGAAACCAAACAAGUGAAUUCCUUGCUGUUAAGAAGUAUACUAGGACAGCUGAGAGAGAAGCAAGUUUGAUACGGCCCAUGCCAGUCCUGCAAAAGACUAUAGAUUAUCUACUUGAUUUGCUGGAUCAGCCGUAUGAUGACCGGUUUCUUGGAAUAUAUAACUUUCUAUGGGAUAGGAUGAGAGCAAUUCGGAUGGACCUGAGGAUGCAGCACAUCUUCGACCAUGGGGCUAUCACUAUGCUUGAGCAAAUGAUAAGGCUUCACAUAAUUGCCAUGCAUGAAUUAUGUGAAUACACCAAAGGCGAGGGCUUCUCUGAGGGAUUCGAUGCACAUCUAAAUAUUGAGCAGAUGAACAAAACAUCAGUCGAGUUAUUCCAGAUGUAUGAUGAUCACCGGAAGAAAGGAAUUAAUGUUCCAACAGAAAAGGAGUUUAGGGGUUAUUAUGCACUUCUCAAACUUGACAAGCAUCCGGGGUAUAAAGUUGAGCCUGCAGAGCUCUCACUGGACCUUGCUAAGAUGACUCCAGAGAUAAGACAGACACCAGAAGUGUUAUUUGCUCGUAAUGUAGCUAGGGCUUGCAGAACGGGUAAUUUUGUUGCCUUCUUCAGACUUGCAAGGAAGGCAAGCUACCUUCAAGCAUGUUUGAUGCAUGCACAUUUUGCAAAGUUACGGACCCAGGCUUUUGCUUCUGUACACUCUAGUCUCCAGAACAACCAGGGUCUCCCUGUUACCCAUGUUGCCAAGUGGCUUGGGAUUGAGGAAGAGGACAUUGAAAGCAUUUUAGACUAUUAUGGUUUUUCAAUAAGGGAAUUUGAAGAGCCAUAGGUGAAGGAUGGUUCAUUUCUUAAUGCUGAAAACGACUAUCCUACCAGGCGUUCAAGACUGGUUCUUCGAAGACGAUCUAGAACAAUAGCUGGAGAUGUUGUAGCUCCUCAUGAAGUGACUCCCCUGCCCAUAGGAACAUCAAAAGAGAGCCAACUGGUAAAGCAUAUACACAAAGACCAGAGAGUCAACCGGUUAAAGCAUAUAUACAAAGACCAAAGGCCUUACCUUCUCCUAAAAGGAAGAGUUCCAUUAGCAGCCGAUGAAGAAAUGUCUAAUUCUAAAGUUGCUCCUUCUCCAAAGUCUAGUUUGCAAUUGCAUUCUGCUACCAAGACAUCGAAAGGGUUACAACAGCUCCAAGAUGGUCAUAUUAACUCUGGUGCCUACAAACCAUUUAAUUUCUCUUUGGAACGUAGUUCCCCUAGGUUACCUCCAGCUAAAGUUGCAGUUAUGGAGAAAGGAAACAAUGAUGCUCUUUUCACCAUAUCGGGUGACAGAACAAAUGUUUCUGGCAUGAAACAAGUGCCACAACAAAUUUUUUCACAACCAUCUCAGGCUGAGAGAUUGCCUAGUGGUAGAUUUGAUCUCCCUGCAGAAAACUCCAUACCUCGAAGUAUGGCUAUUGAUGAUGUAAAUUCUCUGCCAGUGAGAUCCCCUAGAGGCAAAUUUACAAACAACUCGAUACCUCAAACUAUGGCUAUUACUGACUUAAAAUCUCAGUCGGAGAGGCCAAUUGUCAAAUACAAUUAUGCUGUGGAAAAUUUGGAGCCUCAAGGAAUGGCAGUUGAUGAUCUAGGAGAUAAACCUCGGGAUAGUCAUCAAGAACUCGAGAAUCGAAAAACAGUAGCGAAUACUCGACAUAAGGAAGUUGCCGAAGCAAAACUCAAGUUGAUCCUGAGGUUGUGGAGUCGACGUGCUGCAAAACAAAGGGAAUUACGUGAACAAAGGCAAUUAGCAGCUGAAGCUGCACUAAGUUCAUUACCACUGGGAAUACCACUUCGGCAGAAUAAUAAUCAAUGGAACACAUUUGGUGAGCUUGACUUUGAUCAUGUCAUGAGGGAGAGAUACGAAAAAUAUGAAAGCUCAUGGUCGAGGCUGAAUGUUUCUGAUGUAGUAUCGGGCAUAUUGGGUCAAAGAAAUCCGGAUGCUAAAUGCCUAUGCUGGAAAAUUAUAUUAUGUUCUCCCGAGAGCAAACAAGAAGAUCAACUGGGGCAGAAGAACCAGGUUGGCCAAUUGGCAGCAGGCCCAUGGUUGUUCUCUAAGAUUAUGCCUUCUGCAGAAGAUAAUAAUGAUGAGGAUUUAGCCAUAGCAUCUCCUGGUUUGUCGAUAUGGAAGAAAUGGGUUCCUAACUUAUCUGGUACCGAUCUGAUAUGCUGCCUAACUGUUGUGAAGGAUGCAAGUUGUGGUGAUCUAAACGAGGCCACAUCUGGGGCAAGUGCAAUAUUGUUCAUCGUAUCUUAUAAUAUUCCAUGGAAGCUCCAAAAGGCCCAACUUCAUAAUCUUCUGAAUUUGGUUCCUCCUGGUUCAUGCUUACCACUUCUAGUCUUAAGUGGUUCUUAUAAUGUUGAAGAUUCUGAUCCUUCCUCAGUUAUAGCUAAUGAAUUGGGGCUGCAUAACAUUGACAAAUCACGAGUAUGUGGCUUUUUGGUUGUUUUCCUUGUUGGUAAGCAGCAUUCAGAAAGCUCGAAUGGGUUUCUCAGCGAUGAAAAGUUAAGGGAAGGGCUGAAGUGGCUAGCCAAUGAAUCACCUCUCCAACCUGUUCUUAACGGUGUGAAGACGUGUGACCUUGUAAUGUCCCACUUGAGUCCGGUUUUGGAGGAACUUGACGAGAUGGGAGAUUAUGAAGUAGGUCCAAAUCACUGCAUCUCAGUCUUCAAUGAAGCAUUGGAUUGGUCAUCGCAAGAACUUGCUGCUGCUAUUAAAGCAAAUCCUACCAACUGGCCUUGUCCGGAGAUUAUGUUUCUUAAAGAUUUUAGCAACGAAUAUUUAGCUGUGAAGUUAUUCUUGCCAAGUGUGGGGUGGAGCUCGACAGCAAAAAUUGCACCACUUGAAUGCGCGUUGAAAGAUUGUCAACUUCCCCGUUUUCCGGAUGAUAUCAUGUUGCAAAGUGGUUCCAAGAUGGGAAAAUAUAUUGAUAACCACAUAUUACUACUUGAAAACUGCUUGGCCGAAUACCUAACACAAUCGACAAAGAUGAUGGGAAUUCAAUUAGCUAAAAAAGAGACAUCCGUGAUGUUGCAAAGAAACACACGGCUUGAGCUGCGCAACUUGAGCUACUAUCUUGUGCCAAACUGGAUCACAAUCCUCCGACGGAUUUUUAAUUGGCGACUUUCAAGUUUAUCAACCGGGGCAUGCCCCUUUUCUUAUGUAUUGCAGAUUUAUCAUGUACCCCCAAUGUCGGCAGAAAUAAAGUUGCAACUUGAAGUGACACUUCACCAUUGUUUGAGUCAUCCAUCUCUAGAUGAAAUACUUGAAGUCAGCUGUAGUCCACUCAAGUCUCGGAGGAUUAGUUUUGAUCCUGAACCUUCUCGGGUAGAGACAACCUUCCACACUGUAGUUCAAGAGGCGACUACAACCAGUAAGUCCCAGAAAUCAUUGGAUAAAGAUGAUAAUUCUUCACAGGAGCAUGGAUUGGCAAUUGCAGAUGACGUUGCUUGUACGACCAGUAAACCAAAUGGUAGUCACGGUAAAACGAUGGCAGCCAUAGCCAAAACGGAUAGAUUAAGCGAGUUGUUGGUGAAAUGUGACAUAGUACAGAAUAGUAUAAGCGAGAAGCUAUCAAUAUACUUCUGAUAUUGUUCCCAUUUGUAAUUUACAUUUCAUUAAAUUUGAGCUGGUUUUGUAAUAUUAUCUCUCUUCUAAUGUUUCUUUUGUAUGAUGAGAAAUUAACAAGGCUUUGCCUC